AUGAGCGGCAGGGCGGGCCGUUGGAUCAGCAGGGACGGGACCGGGAAUGACUCGGGGGACGACGAGGUGAAGGCGGGGAGCCCGGAGUCCAUGUGCGUGGAGACGCUUCUCUGCAGCAAGAGCAUGGAGAAGAGCAUGUCAGAGAGGGAGGUAGGGGACUUCAAGCAGCUGAGAGGGCUCCUCAUCGAGUUUCUCAUCAAGAAGAUCGAUUCCAGCAAUGCCAUCAUCAUGUGGGACCUUGCCGACAGGUCCGGAAGCAAAGCGCUGGCAGAUGCCUCAUUCCUGUACAUCCAGCGGAACUUCCCUGUUAUCCUCUCCAGCUCCGACGGGCUCUGGGAUCUGCCGUUCAAGUACUUCCUCCGGCUCCUCAAGAGCGCAAACCUCGCCGUCAGCUCCGAGAAUGACGCGAUCGAGAGCAUAUUCCAUUGGACUUCCAUAGACGAUCUGAGGAGAUCAGAGCCCGAGGUCAUCACCUACCGCUCGCUCUCUUCGCAGCUCGAGCGAUUGCGGCAGGAAGUUCUCCCGUCUCUCAAGGACCACGAGAGGAGCGAGUACCUGUCCUUACAGGAUCAGAUACGAGACUGCGAGGAGAAGGAGCAGCUGCUGGAUCAGUCCCUGGAAGCUCUCGAUCGCCUUCAGAAGUCUUUGAGCAGCUUGCAGCAGAAGCUGGUGGAGGCUGCUGAAGAGCUGGCGGCAGCGAGACGCCAACUGCCGAAGCCCAAGAUGAUGAAGUUGCGCUAUUUCAACAUGGAGCCCCCAAACCUCAUCAGGCGCAUAAUGUGUGCCGUUGCCGUCCUUCUCAACAUCGAAGGGGAGAUGGAGAGGUACUCCUUCCUCCCACCCCCAGGACGACAGGCUCCUCGGACUGUCCAGCGAGAGCUCAGCAUGGAACAAGCCCUUGCCCUCUACAACGACCCGGACCUGCCGAAGCUCUUGAAGGACCUGGACCCCUCCCUCCUCUCCCGCGAGCAGUUCGACCUCUUUGCUCACGUGGCCUCAAACCGAAACUUCUCGGUCCACAUGAUCGAGCGGCGGCUGGGAGAGUCGAAGAAGGAGAUCCCGACGCUCCUGACCACCUGGCUCUUGUCUGUGCGCACAGUUGUGCAGCUGAGGAUCGAGGAAGAGAAGACGGAGAAACUCAUCGUGAAGCAGGAGGAGCAGGUGAAGGAGCGGGAGCAGAGCUUGUGCGACUCCCAGGAUCGCAAGCGGAGGACGGCAAGCCGGUACGGGAAGGUGGAGGAGGAGCUGCUGAAGGUGACGGCGAUGGAGGCGCAGCUGGACAUCGACCACAAGCUCUCCUACAUGCGGCUGGUGCAGAGCAACAACGUGACCCUCAGGAGAUUCUCGACCCUCCUGCGGGCAGUGCGAUGGGUGACGGUCCCGCAAGAUUUCGUCGAGUUCUUCGUGCUCAAACAUCCGCUCGUCAAGCGCUUUGAGGGGAGGAGCGAAAUCGUUGCGAUCCUGCAACACGCAAGAGAGGACGCGCGAGCUCUCCUCCUUUCAUCCUCUGGUCAUCACAAACAGGCGCAUGCCGGCAGGCUCGUCCGCGCUUCUCUCGCCUCCCACCUCGACGCGGAGAUCGCAGCAGUGCUGGCGAGGCAGACGAGGAUGAGGAAGGGGCUGGAGAGCAGGAGGAAGCAGCACCGGCUGACUUGGCGAUCGUCGUCUUUCAUCCGCGAGCUGAACUGCCAGGGAGAGGACGGAGGCUUCUUGGGGUGCACGGAGAAGGGAAGCAGUGCAGUGCUGUGCAGGCACGGAGCAAGAGAAGCAGCCAUCUACCUCUUCGGAGGCCUCGACCUGCAGGGCAGGGCCCAUGCUUUCGUCCGCCGCUUCGUCCCGACUAGCUGGGGCGGACACUGGGAGCUGUGCAACCCGAUGCAGCAUGCCCGUGCCUUCUCGACCGCAGCAGUGCUCCAGAGUGAGGAGCUGGAAGGAGGAAGCGGAGGAGCAGGAGCAGGUUUUGUGCAGAGGUUCCUUGUGUGUUGCGGGAUCUCAGAAGAGAGCGAGUGCCUGAGCUCAGCUGAAGUCCUGCAGGUCAAGCUGGAGGACCAGGGGAACGUCACGCUUGAGCAGGAGCUGCUGCGCAAGGGACACUGGAGCUUCAUCGGGAGCGUGCAGCAAGCUCGAUACCUCGCCUCCUCCUUCCUCCUCAGCAAGUCCGUCUACAUCAUCGGGGGAUUCAAGAGCAACAGGGACCCUGUCAUGACGAUCGAGCGGCUGCGCCCCUCCUUCGCGAGCUUCUGGCUCCGGUCGAUCACUGACUUCACCCGCCAUGCUGCUCCCUGGAAGACCAUCAGCAAGGAGGAGCAGGAGGAGGAGCAGGAGGAAGAGGAAAAUGUGAUACCUGCUCAUCAACGUGCUCAUCAACGAAGUGAGCAGGACAGCCCGACAACGAGCAGCUUUACUCGAGCAUCGCCCUCUUCUUCCCGCCUUGUGCUGUUCUCCUCCUACGAGAGGAAAGCAGAUGCGCUCGUCCUCAGCCCAAAGACCUUCCGCACGGGAGCUCAGACCGCAAGGGAGCCGAUCAUGUCAGGGGGAUGGGGAGGGGACGGGGGCAGCCAGCAGUGGUGGAGGAACAGGGACAGGUGCUGGAGCGGGAGGUUUAGAGCUUCCCCUCCUCAGCGGAUAAAACCUUUCCUCCAGCCCGAGGCGCUGCAGCGACAAGCCCUUCACCUGAAGACGGCACACGUCAAGACUUGGGACUCCUUCCAACCUCAUGCCGUCUCCUCCUCCUCCUCCUCCUCCAUGUUCCCAUCCUUGUCGCUCAACUCUCCGCCCUCCUCUCCCCUGCGGCGCGUCGACCAAGAACCCCCGAAGCCUGUCGUUGACCACUGGACAGCAUGGAAGCGGAAGGAGCUCGCGCGCCGAGAGCUUGUGAAGACGAGGAAGAAGGAGGAGAGACGCAGAGCUCUCCAAGAGGACUCACAGGAGAACGAUGAGCGGGAGGAGGAGAAUCCGAGAGACUCGAAGCAGAAGGAGAGGGACUCUUUCGUGAAGAGCAACAAGCAGGGAGCAGGAGCAGGAGAAGAAGGACCAAAGGCUCUUUCGAUCGCCUCCCCAAACGUUUUCGACGACAAAUUCCACUACAGGGUCCUUGCUGCCAAACGUCUGCAGUGCUUGUACAGGGGACACCUUGCUCGUUCCCUUCGCUCCAAGGCGGAGCAGGAGCUCUCGUCGAUCUACCGCUCUGUCAACCAAGAACAGGAAGGGAGCGUACCUGCAAGUUCCUUCUACAAACGGCUGUCCCGCACCGUGCAAGAUCAGGAACUCCUCGCGCUGCUCAAGGAGUCUUUCAGAGCAUACGGACCCGCAGGCGCUCUCGCGAUUGGGGUGAAGGAGAAGGAUUUCCUGAGAAUGGCUCUGUCAGAUACGAUCAGGUUGAGGAGCUCUACAGCCUCCUCAGAGCACCUACGAGUCAAGUGA